AUGGACGAACUGACAAAGAAACUGGUUGAGAGCGAGAAAAUUAUUGCCGCACAAAGAAAGGAAAUCGAAUUUUUGGUCAGAAAAAUUGCCAAACUGGACGACGAUCGAAUUCUGGCACAGAAACUGGGCACAUCUUCGGAAUCGGCUACAGAAUCAACCACAGGACCCCUUGGACUUUAUUGGGAGAGAGAAUGGACGCAAGCUGAUCAAAAGAACGAAGCGAUUAUGGCAGACGAAAAGUAUCAGCAGCUUAAUGAGGUAUAUGCCGCUGUCGUUGCCGAGAACACGAAGCUAAUGGCCAGGUUAGGCUGCUCGAAAUUAUAG